AAUCCUAGAUUCAGAUUUCUCAUCUGCGAGACGGCCAGUAGUCUCUGACUUGGUCUUCAAAUCGUAAGUUUAAGCUUGUUUUCAGCUUUUGCCUCGCUUUCAAUUGAAAGGAAUCUGAAUCUCCCUUUAAAACAAAAUGAAAUCAUAAUCCCAAAACAUUAGACAACAUAAAUUACUUUUUUGUCAACAACACGGCCCUUUUUCGGAUAUCGGUUAUUUCAUACUCUCCCUUCCAAACUUUCACCCGUAAGAUCUUUGAUCACAGCAAGCUCAGAAAACAAUCAGAAAAAAAAUGAGUGCAGCGUGCAGAGCUUGGAUUGUGGCAGCAAGUAUUGGAGCAGUUGAGGCACUGAAAGACCAAGGAGUCUGCAGGUGGAAUGGGGUUCUGAGAGCAGUCCACCACCAUGCCAAGAGCAACAUCAGAUCCUAUUCCCAAGCCAAGACACUCUCCGACGCUUCGUCUUCUGCAAUUUCUAUGACGAUGAAGAGAUCACAGGAAGACAAGUUGAGAAAAGUCAUGGAAUUGAACUGUUGGGGUCCAAAUACCAUAAGAUUUUAGAUUGUAAUUAUGUAAUUUAGAUUUAGGGUUUAUGAGUAUUGAAUUAUAUGUCACCCCUUUUUCCAUGAGAAUUAAACGAGUUAAUUGUUCUGGCGAUUGCUUUAAA